AUGAACAAAUCAGCUAGGAAGCCAAAGGAAGUGGAUGCUAAUAGCUCCAGCAAAGAAGAGCAGACUAGUACUAGAGGCUUUGGAUCUGUUAUGGGACCUGGAGAAUACUGUGCUGUCUUUGAGGGAGCUCCUCUCCUCUGCUCAAAUGUCCUCUUUCAGCAUAGUCAUGCUACUAAGGGGCUUUUUUCUUCUUUUCCCUUUAGUCAUAAUGACUUCAGAGAGCUGGGGCUGUUUGAAACUUGGGAGUCCAAAUCUGAAGAAAUCAAACCUGGUGCCAUAAUAGGAUUGGAAAGCAAAUGCUGCAAAAAACUCCCAACUCUUCUAGGAAAUAUAUCAAUUACUAGCUCUGGCUCUGGCUUGUCAGCAUCAUUGGAUGUUUCACCAGAGGAACUCUCUGGAGUUUCACUAGCCUUGUCAAAAGAAACCCACGAAUCUGCAAAUGGGUCAUUACCAAUGCCCAAAAGAACUCUGGCUUUGAGGUGUUUCAAGGGAUUGAACCAAGUCUUUGCUGUUGUUAUAAUGUAG